AUGGAAUCCAACCCAGACUCAGCAGCUUUGGCCCAGCAAGUCCAGGCCCUUACAGCUACCAUUGAAGAACUCACCAAACAGAACCAGGAAAUGAAGUUACGGCUCCAGCAGGUUCAACAAGCUCAACAGGAGGAAAACCGAUCCAAAGAUAACUUGGAGGAAGAAGGGGAUUGCCAACGGAGAGGAACCCCCCGAAGACCAGCUACUCCGGACGAACAAAACUCAGAUCUUCUUCGAGAAAUGAGGAAAGAGAUGGACGAACUAAGGAGCGCUAUCAAGGAGAAAACGGACCGAAGCGUAGAUAAAAUGAUAAGGGCUACGGAUUCGCCAUUCACUGCUGCGGUACUCGAAUGCCCCGUGCCGUCAAAGUUUCGCUUGCCUCAAUUGGAGCCAUUCGACGGACUCAAGGACCCCCAGGAUCAUCUUAAUACCUUUAAGACGACUCUGGGUCUCCAGCAACCACCUGACGAGAUAUUGUGUCGUUCCUUCCCAACAACCCUCAAAGGAGCUGCAAGAGAAUGGUUUACUAAGUUGCCAAACUCGUCCAUAGACAAUUUCGAUCAGCUGAGUAGUGCCUUCUUGCGCCACUUCAUAGGGGGACAGCGCCCAAGGAGGCCAGUAGAUUACUUACUCACCAUAAGACAGGGAGAGAAGGAGACUCUGAGGUCGUAUGUCAAGCGAUUCACCCGGGAAACUCUGGAAGUAGACGAAGCUGACGACAAGGUACAGCUGACAACCUUCAAGGCAGGGUUGAGAUCCAGAGACCUCGUGGUCUCUCUUACAAAGAACCCCCCGAAGACGAUGGCGGAGAUGCUCCUGAAGGCACAAAAGUACAUGAACGCGGAGGAUGCCCUAGCUGCCAUAAAAGAUAACGAGAGGCCAAGAGACAAUGCCAAGAGGGAAGACAACUGUAGGGGGCAAAAGCGAGACAGACCAGACCGUCGGAACAAUGACGGGAAUAGGAGGAAGGACGAUAAAAAUCCUCGGACGGUAAAAUUUACUCCCUUGGUUAUGCUUGUUGACAAGAUUUUCACGCAAAUCAAGGACGAGCACUAUCUCAAAUGGCCCAGGCCAUUGCACUCAUCCCCCAAUGCACGUGAUAAGAGCAAGUAUUGCCGAUUCCAUAGAGACCACGGCCACAACACAGAAGAUUGCAGAGACCUGAAGGAGCAAAUAGAGGAGUUAAUACGGAAAGGGAAGUUGCAGAAGUAUGUAAAGAAAGGAGAAUAUAGCAAGUUCAGAGACGACACCAGGACCCAGCGUGAAUCCUUCACUCGCGAUGACGACCAUCCGUCCCAGCCUCCACGCAAGGUGAUUGGGGAGAUAAACACGAUCACAGGAGGACCAUUCUCAUGA